GAUGAUAUACAUACAAGAUAUACAUACAACAUACAUAAGAAAAUUUUGAAGGAAAUAUGUUUGCUAAAUCAAAGUCAUUGACAAUGAAAUUGUAAAUAUUCUUUGUAUUUUAUAACGCACUAAUUGAAAGUGGAUGUGCAUAUUUACAUGGCGUGUGUUGUGUCGAAAAACGAGCGUGAAAAGAAAAAGUGAUUUCUCUGGUUUUGCCUGUGCUGUGUGUGAAUCGUAUCGUGUGAGCGAGCAUAAAUGCAAAUACAUACCAUAUAAAACAUUACGUGUGCGAGCGCUACCUGAAAUCAGAUAUUAAAGGCACCACGUCUGUGGUGUUACGUUACAUCUAACCCCUAUCAAUAGUAACUCAGAGAAGCCAUAGUUAUGGAUUUCGUUCAAGUGUCGGAGGAGGAGGGUGACGAGCCCAUCGAGCUGCCGGCUGAGGAAGAUGGCACAUUGCUGCUGUCGACUCUGCAGGCCCAGUUUCCUGGCUCUUGCGGCCUCAAGUAUCGCAACAUGGACACCAAGGCCGUGCGAGGCGUUCGGUCAAACGAGGGCCGCCUAUUUCCACCAAGUGUAGAUUCCGGGUGGGGAGAAUACAUUUAUUUUUGUGUGUUUCCCAAAGAAAAUAAACGCAAAAGCGACGAUAAUUUAGAGAAUUCAACAGCCAAAACGAAACGCAUCGAGACGCGCCUACGAUGCACUGACCUCAUUGUUCUGGGACUCCCAUGGAAAACAACUGAGGAUAGCUUGCGGGAAUAUUUUGAGAGCUAUGGAGAAGUGCUAAUGGCCCAGAUAAAGAAGGACGUCAAGUCCGGACAAUCGAAAGGUUUUGGAUUCGUACGUUUCGGCUCGUACGACGCUCAGAUGCGUGUACUCUCUAAUCGUCACCUCAUCGAUGGUCGCUGGUGCGAGGUGAAAGUUCCAAACUCAAAGGGGGUAGGUCAUCAGGUGCCAUGCAAAGUCUUCGUUGGCCGCUGUACAGAGGACAUCAACUCAGAUGACUUGCGCGAAUAUUUUUCAAAGUUUGGCGAGGUUACCGAUGUGUUUAUUCCCCGGCCAUUUCGAGCCUUUAGCUUUGUCACAUUUUUCGAUCCUGAUGUAGCGCAAUCCCUGUGUGGCGAGGACCAUAUAAUCAAAGGUGUAUCAGUUCAUGUUUCGAAUGCCGCCCCGAAGGCCGAGCAGAGCAGAAGCCAUCAAGGACAGAACUACAACUAUAGCUCUGGCAACAGCUAUGGCAUGCAUUCGUAUCAUCCUCAAGGCAACCACAUGACAUCACAUCCUGGCCGAAGUGGGCACCACAGAGGUAAUAAUCAACACAAUGCACACGGUGGUGAGAACCCGAUUAUCGCCAAUAGUCACAGUCACAGUCACAGCAACAAUGCCAGUGGUGGUUACGGAAUGGGCGGACAUAAUUAUGGUGGAAAUUCGGGUGGGGGCUACCAUAAUAACAGUAGUAAUCACGCUAGUGGUGGGCACAUAAACCGUCAGGAUGGUGGCGCUCCCUACAAUAGACAGGGGAACUUUCAUGGAAUGAACCAGCCCCACAAUGGAAACGUAGGCAGUGGCGGCUGGAUGAACAGGGGACCCUUGGACAUGCCUAACUUACAAGCAUUAGGCAUUAAUUCCCAAGGAUCGAGCUCGUCCAACCAAGGACAGAACAUGAACAACCCUUUGGGGGUCGGACUUAAUUUAAACUCAUUGCCGAUCAACCCUGCUUUGGUUGCUGCUGCGUUGAAUCAGUGGAGCCUUGUGGGCAAUCAGCUGCAAAAUCAAAACCAGGACCAGCAGGGUGGCAAUUUUUUAUCAUGGAUGGCUCAGAACGGCGGACACAACGCCAACAACGUGAACUAUGGCGGUCGAAAAGGAUCAAACAACCCAAAUAAUCCAGGACCUGGUGGAAUGAUCAAAGUCGACAACUCUGCUUGUAACGAUCAACAGAAUGGCUGUGCACCUGGUAACGCUGGUUGGUCAAAUCAAAGUAGCGGCUCCCAGAAUUCUGUGGAUAAAUCCAAUUUUCUCUGAGUAUAUUUACCAAUUAGAUUUGGUACCAACCAAUUUUCAUUUAAGAAGUAAACUUUUGUUUAACCA